AUGGAAUACCAGCAUAAAGAUUAGUUAUAUUAGCGUAACUUAAAACACGAUGAUCAACUCAAAGGCAUUCUUUUUCAACAAGAUGCUUACAUAUUUAGAUACCCAGUUUCUGAUGAUGAAUUCGAUAGAGAAUUUAUAAGCAUUAUUUCAAGUAAAUAUGAUGACCCAAUUCCUGGCUCCCUAUAGUUAGAUUCAGAAAUAGAGGGAUAACUCAACAAUCAUUUCAGAGAAGUCUUCUUAAAAGAAAAUGCACUUAUACUAAUUGAGAAUAAAGAAAAUAAUGCUAUUGUUGGUUGGUUUACUGUCCUCGACUAAGAUGCAUCAUUUCUUGAAAGUUUCAAAAGAGCAAAUGACAUGUAUUAAGAUUAUUUCAAGCCUGAGUCAAAGAAGUUAAGAGUUAGAUUGAUUUUAAUCAAGAAAGAGUAUCGUGGAUAAGGUCUUUCAAGAUAUUUAUUUCCAGCAAUUGACACUAUAGCAAAGAAUUUUGGAUUUGAGAGCAUUUAGAUGCUGACAGCUGCUCCAGAAAUGUUUAAGCUUUGUGAAAAGCAUGGUUAUAAUAACUUAGCUGAGUUAUUUGAAGAUGAAAUGCCUAAUGAAUACUUGGAAGUAUUAAAACCAAGUGAUGAAAUAAAAACCAGAUUAAGAGGAUAGCCUUUUAGAGUGAUAUAUUAUGUCAAAAAUAUAUGA